AUGGCGGACGGCGCCGCGCUGCUGGUCGUCGCCGCGGCCUGUGCGAAACGCCUCGGCAGCGCGGCCGGGGCGCUCGCGGGCUUCGUUGAAGGACCGUCUUACGUCGUGAAUGUGGGCGCGACGCUCGGGAUCGGCCUCGCGGCCGCGGCCUUGGAUAAAUCGGCGCGCGUCGCGACGACGGCCGCCGUCCUGGGCCUCCUCGGGCUCCUCGCGAUGGUUGUGCUGGGCAUGAAGGCCGCGGACGUCGCCGUCGAGGCGACGCAUCCUCUAAAAGCGCUGGCCUCGCUCAACGUCGCCUUCGCGACAUUACAACCCUCCGCCCUAAGCCUCGUGCUCCGGCGCGCUUUAGCUGGUGGAGACCCGGACGCCCUUGCCGGCGCGGCGCUGGCCGGCGCGCUGACGACGGGCGCGCUCUACGGGGUAGUGGCCGUUUCUGGAAAUUCCCCGUCGGACACGUUGCUGAGCGCCGCCGUCGCGGCGCUCUCGCUCGUGCCGCUCGUGCCGCCGCUGCGCCACGCCGUCGAGGGCGUCGCCGAGGGCCUUGCGCUGCGGACCAGGAGCCGGGCCCUCGCGGCGCUGGCCGUGGCGGUCGUCUUUCUCCUCGCUUCGGCGCUGCCGGACGACGUCUGGGCGUCGCUCGUCGCCCUCGGCGUCGGGCUGACGUCCUUCGCCCUGCCGGUCUGGUGCCAUUGGAGGGUGGAACGGCCGCGUGGCGACCCGAGGCAGCUCUGCAAAAGUUUACGAUUCGUGCUGCUCGAGAUCGUUCUGCCGGCGGUCGUGCUCUUCCUGGGCGUCGCGCUCUCGGUGCUGCCGGCGGCGGGGCUGGUGGCGCGGACGGCGGUUGGCGUUGUGCCUCGCGAGCAGUCCCGGCUCGUCGAGAGGUAAGUAUGUCUCUAGAUUUCUAGUGACUCUUCGAAAACGAGGACUUGUCGUUUGUCGUCCGUCGAGGGGAACCCGCACGUAUGUAAUUUUGCAGAUCGAUCACAUCUCAUCAAGUAGCUGUGCUUAGGCUGCCCUGCGCAACGAUGAUGGGAUCCGCAGCGCUUUUGUCCUUGGCUAGUUUAUUGUCAGCCGUGGCUGGCAGCACGAUGAACGACAUCACCAUCCGAACUGCAGUAACAGAGUGGCUCUCGGACAGCGCCGCCGCCGAGGCGACGUACGGCCACAUCUCGACGUGGGAGACUGGCGGGGUGACGGACAUGGAUCACUUGUUUUGCGCAGAUUCAUGGUUCAGUUCUUGCAACACGGCCGCGGCGUCCUUCAACGAAGACAUCGGCGCGUGGGACACCUCCGGCGUGACGACGAUGAGCGGGAUGUUCUACGAGGCCUCGGCCUUCAACCAGGACAUAGGCGCGUGGGACACCUCGGCCGUCAGAGCCAUAGAAUCCAUGUUCAAAGACGCCUCGGCCUUCGACCAGGACAUCGGUGGUUGGGCGGUCCACAGCGUCACGGACAUGCGCUGGAUGUUCGCCGGCGCCUCGGCCUUCGACCAGGACCUCGGCUGGUGCGUGGACGACGACGUAAUAUUUAAAAGGGUCAACGACGGCGGCCCGUUCGACGGAACCCCGUGUGAGUCGACGUCGUGCGGCGUCAAGCAAGGAGCCCUGGAGGAAAACGGCAAUUGCCAGUCGACGGGCGCCCUGGCCAGCGACGGCGCCAGGACCCUCUCCGCCGCCCUCUUCCCGAUCGUCCUCUUUCUACUCUUUUAAGUCCUCUUCAUCAUAUAGGGAGUCAGUCUUACGCCACAGGGGGGGGAAGGGAAUCAGGCGAGCGCCUGGACCAGCGUCGCGCUGAGUCUCUGUGCUGCCGGCGGCGGGGCUCGUCGCGCGGGCGGCGUCAACCGUUGGCGUUGAGCCUCGUGAGCAGUCCCGGCUCGUCGAGAAGCAAGUAUGUCUCUAGAAUUUUAGUGGCAUAUUUCAAGAUCGACGUCUCGCCGAGGGUCCCCAUCUGGGUCCCGCGACGCGCGGCGACCCGCACGCAAAUGAAUUGCGAGUAUCCCCAACGCCACGGGCAGCCUCCACGAGGACGACGACGAUGCGCGCCACUGCUGUAGUGGCGCUCCUCCUCCACGCCCUGCCCGGCUCGCACGGCGCCGCCACCACGUUCGUCCGCGUGCCCGAGGACCUUGCCUACGCGGAGGCCGAGGCCCGCUGCACGCAGAUCGGGGCCGCGAUCGCGUCCAUCCACAGCGCGGCGGAAAACGAGCUGGCGCGGACAGCCUGCGGCAAUAGUGCGUGCUGGCUGGGCCUGGCGGAGACGGGGGGCGACGCGGGCACCGCCGCGGCGAACCAGACGUGGCUCUGGCAGGACCCGCCGGCGGGCCAAACCGCCCUCCCCGCGUACACGAAUUGGGCGGCCGGCGCGCCGGACAAUGCUGGGGGCGACCAGCGCAACGCCAUCAUCGACACCGCGGGCGAGUGGCACGACAGCCUCUCAUCUCCCUCUCACGCCCCCCUCUGCCGCGUGGCCGGCGAGCUCAAUUUCACCCUCGACCACGCCCCGCAGCAGUGCCAGGUCAACACAAAAUGCCGACAAAAAAAAAGAACAUCGAAGGGAAAGACAGGGAAUGUCCCACGGAAAGACAGGGACCCGACCUGCUGCGGGCGCGGCGCGGAAACAUCAAACAUCAAACAUCGGUCGUGCGCACCAGUCGGGGACGCGACGUACCAGUUCGUCCAGACCGGCAUGGCCUGCGACGUCGGGGAAUCAGUCGAGGAGUACAAAUGCUAUCCGUGCAAACCCGGGAAGACCUGCGACAUGGGCCCGGGCGACGAAGGAAGAUGUAAGUGGCCCGGGCCCGGCCAUGGGACUUUUGUUGGCGUUUUUCUCGUCUUCCUCGGUCCGAUCAUCUUCUGCAUCUUUGCUGGCGUCGGCUGGUACGUCCACAAGAGGAAGAACGCGGACGAAACGUACGCCGCCGCCGCGCGCCGCGUCCUCUGCCGUCGCGGGACCAAGGUCCGCGCGGUCGCGCCCACGACGUCCGAGGAAGCGCCCGCGCUGCCGGCCAGCACGGUCAGCGUCGUCGACGCGCCGGCCGCGGGCAUCGCGCCGAACGAGCUCGGCACCGUCGUCUCGGUUAAACCGGCGAAUCAAAGAUAA